UCUCAGUCAGACCACCGUAUAUCUCCAUCGACCAUCAAAAAUUGCAGAAAAUUGAAAAAGUAGAAUGCAGCGCAAAGGGGCUGCCCGACUACUUUCUUCCCCGACCAAGCCAAGAGGCAACUCUGGCCCUUUGACCUACCCGACCAAUCUCUCCCACAUGUCCCUCGAGCAGCUCGAAUCUCAUCACUUUCCCUCUUUCUCCGAACCCACACCCAAACCCCUCGCUCACUUCUGCAAUUCGUCACCCAGCUCUCGUCGUCAAUUGAGGAUGAGAUUCGGUAAAGGGCUCAGAGAGCAGAACAGGUUGAAGCCGUUGUCCGAUCCAGUUCAUUCCCGAGGAGCGACGUUGCCGUCUCCAUUCUCGAAGACGACGGGAAGAGAUUAGCAGGUGAUAGAGGCUUCAGCUCUAUUCCAUAUGGUUCGUCUUUUUAUUCUCAACUCUUUCAUUACUCUAUUGGUUGAUAAUCGAGUCGAUACGAUAUGAUAUUGGAACGUCUUUGCUUGUAUAUGUUGGAUCCAAACUCAUCAAGAAGGAGUUGGAAGCUUGUUAAUGAGCUUCCGCCUCGCACCUUGAAGAGAAAAGGCAUGGGAUUUGAAGCGCUAGGAAAGAAAGUUUACUUGUUAGGUGGUUGUGGUUGGUGUGAAGAUGCUGUAGAUGAGGUCUACUGCUAUGAUGCUUCCCUGCACACCUGGAAUGAAGCUGCUCCCUUAUCUACUGCUAGGUGCUAUUUUGCCUGUGAAGUAUUAGACGAGAAAAUAUAUGCAAUUGGUGGAUUAGGUUCUAAUUCGAGUGAUCCACAUUCUUGGGACAUUUAUGAUCCUAGCAUUAAUAAGUGGAUUUUUCACUCGGAUCCAAACAUUGUCGCUGAAAUUGAGGAUCUGGCCAAGAAAAUCUACAUCCGCUGUGGCACUUCUGCUGUAUCUUCUCAUGUCUAUGCUGUUGUUUAUGAACCAUCAAGUGGUACAUGGCAGCAUGCAGAUGCUGAUAUGGUCUCUGGCUGGCGAGGUCCAGCAGUUGUAAUAGACGGAACCCUUUAUGUAUUGGAUCAGAGCUCAGGAACUAGGCUGAUGAUGUGGGACAAGGAGACUAGGGAAUGGAUUCCAGUUGGGAGGCUGUCAUCCUUGCUUACCAGACCGCCCUGUCAACUCGUAGCUAUUGGGAAGAGUAUUUAUGUUGUUGGUAAGGGGCUUAGUACAGUCAUGUUUGAUGUUGAAAAUGCAGGAAAUAUGGAAGGGGUAAUUGUGAGUUCUUCAAUACCUAAAUUGGAUUCUGAUGAUGAUGUAAUCAGCUGUAAAUGUUUGUCCAUUUGAAUUUUUGUUAUUCAUGGAGUAUUAAAACUACAACUGUAUUAACUGGAUGUAUAUUGCAUGGAUCAGUUGGAUGUAUUUGGAAAAUUGAUAAGAUUUGAAAAUUGUCAAGUGAAUCCAGAUAAAACUUAUAAGUUGCAAUACUAUAAGAACACUUUGGCUUGCACUCU